CUCCGUUGUGCCUCGACUUCAUUUCUCCCCACUCCCGCUUGCACUCAUCUUUUCUCCCUUCACUUCGAAUUCCCCCAAUGCUCACCGCCGUUCGGGCUAAACCUCUGUGAUCAUUGCAACUAAGAUCUUGCCUCGGUUUUACCUCUCUUCCACCCACCCUUCACCUUCCACCUGGGUACAGGAGACCCGCGUUUGCCCUUCCAACCCGCGCAAUCAGUUUCCGAGCUUCUUCCAUCUCUCGGCGCGCACUCCUCCAAAUCCACCUGACCCGAAAAACACCGGCGACUGUGACGAUUUCACAUCUUUCUUGCAGUUAUGCCCGACGUUAAGCGCACCGUCCGUCUCGUCACGGAGCAGCACAUCAUUGACAAGCCAUCGGAAGUUGAGGGUUUCCCCCAGCGCGAAUGGUCGAUCGAGGUGUAUCUCGUGAACGACAAGGGUGAGCAGGUGCCUGCUACUGUCUUUGAUAAGGCUAUCUACCACCUGCACCCCAGUUUCGGAGACCGCGCCAUUCAGACUUUCAAGAAGCCCCCCUUCCGCAUCCAAGAGGAGGGAUGGGGUGAGUUUGAUAUGACCAUUGAGCUGGUUGCGGAUAAGACAUACUCGAUCAGGCAUGACUUGAACUUUGCUCAGACUCGCUAUGAGGCCAAGCACCCGAUUACCUUCCGCAAUCCCAAGCCCGCUCUUCUGGCCUUGUUGCGUGAGUCUGGUCCCGUUCCUGGCGACGAGAACGGUCUCAAGUCCAAGCGCGGUGCUACCGGUGAGGAGAGCGCCAAGAAGAAGAAGCGCACUGAGAAGAACGUUGAUAUGGACAAGCUUGCCGAUGGUCUGCAAAAACUGAACGAGGAUGAUCUGCUGCAAGUUGUGCAGAUGGUACAUGAUAACAAGUCCGCCGAUUCGUACACCAAGAACGAUGCUGAGCUGGGCGAGUUCCACGUCGACCUGUACACCCUUCCGGAUUCCCUGAUCAAGAUGCUCUGGGACUUCACAGCUGACCGGGGCGCCCUGUAAAGAAGCCCCUGUAAUGAACCAACGUGAACAAAGAAAAAGGCACAGUCACCUUCACCUAUCUGAAUUUCCUGGUUCCGGUUCUGGAUUUCCUAGGCACAAAUCUCCUUCCAUACCACGAAAGUUUCUUGGUCUAGCAAAAAUCUCUUUUCUAAUUACUCCUGUCUCUCACGCUUUUGCCCCCUAUCUUGUACUCCCCCUAUGCUCUGUUUCCCCCCAUCUGUCCCCCUAUCUUGCCGUUCCCUGUUUCUUUACUGGUUUGUUUUUAAAUCGGGGAGUUAGCGGGUCUUUAAAGGAACCUUGGCUGAGUGGUCUUUUCUAUUUCGUGACCCCGUGGUUUUUUUUUUCUCCUGUUUCUUUCGUAG